AUGGCGGUUAUUGGUUUUGAGGAUGAAAAAAUUAUUCAGCAAUUACUUGAUAAAAUAGAAUUUUUUCUAAUAUUUCUUCAGAUUGAAAAAUUAUCAGUUGUAAUUUCAGGUCUUGGCUAUUCAUCCAAAGAUGGGUAUUAUGGAGCUGGGGAGGAUUUUACUUCUUCCUUUAUUACACGAUAUCAGAAUUCACAGCACUUAUUUUUAUUGAAAUUGGAAGAUAAUCAGUGUAUUUUAGAAAUAUAUCAUAAUGCUAAUAAAAUUGAGCAAUUUACUGAAUCAAUGCCAAAUGAUGUCUGGAAAAAAGUUGGUAUACAUAAAAAAUUUUCUGAAUCAUAUCUCUUCAGAAUUACCCACGAAACUACUCAGAAUUUAUUACAAUUUGAAGUGGCUAUAUCUAAAAUAUAUCCAGAGGAUUACAAACUACAAGACAAAAAGCUAAGAGCAUGGCGUGCUAUGUUUAAAGCAUACAGAUGUUCAAAUAUAACCCCAGCCUUUUUCAUAUGAAGAAUCUCAAAUUGAAUUUUGGAGUAGAGCCUAUAAUAAUAAAGCAGAUAGACAAAUAUUAGAAAAUUUGUAUAAUUCUAAAUUGCUUAAUAUUGAUAAUAAAAAAGAAGAUUUACUUUAGAAAAAUUUUCGUGAUGCAAUAAAUUCAAAUAAAAAAGGAUAGGAUGGCAAAAUUCAUAUUUUAUCUAUUAUUGCACUAAAGUUUAAAUAUAAAGAUUUAAUACAGGAAUUAGGAGUAAGUAAUAGUAGCUAAAUCAUUAUAUGAUUCUAGAUAUAUU